CCCAAUCAAUCAGUUAUUACCAGGCGCGAUUGGAGAGUAGCGUUCCACUUCCAGCCAAGUACUUCAUUUCAGAGGGAACUUUUCAUCAUUCGUUCGCCAUGAAAUUCCUCAAAACCUUCAACUCCAAAUCCAUUUACCGCCAUUCCAAAACACUCUCAAAUUCCUCGCUUUACACUACUACUACUUCCGCACCCCCAUCACCACCAAUCACCGAAACCAAAUUCCUUGAAUACAUCCAAACUUCUCAGUGGCAUUUCAUCAAACACCUUGCCCCCAACCUCACCCCUUCCCUCCUCUCUUCCACUCUUCCCACCCUUCACCAAAACCCAAUCCUCGUUGAAACCCUCCUCUCCCACCUUCACCGCCACCCUCAUUGUCUCGACCUCAAUACUCGUUGCAUCACCUUAUGCAUCCUCUACCGUCUCCCAUCUCCAAAACCAUCUUUCCACAUCCUUCAACCCAUCCUCCACACCACCACCCCCACCGUCAUUUUCAACGAAUUAUCACUAGCUCGUAACCGUCUCAACGUAAAAACCACCCUUGUCUUUGACCUUCUCCUUAGUGCUUAUUGCCAAUUUCGUAAACCUGAUGAAGCUUUAGAGUGUCUCAAUUUGAUGAAAGAAAAUGAGAUUAUCCCUAAAACCGAGACUUGUAAUUCGCUUUUGAGUUUGUUAUUGAAACUGAAUAAAAUCAAGAUGGCUUGGUUUGUUUAUGAAGAAAUGGUUAAGAUGAAUAUCAAAUCCAGUAUUGUUACUUUUAACAUUAUGAUCAAUAUUUUGUGUAGAGAAGGUAAGUGGAAGAAAGCUAAGGAUUUUAUUGGCCAUAUGGAGGUUUAUGGUGUGAAGCCGAAUGUUGUUACUUAUAAUACGGUUAUAAAUGGAUACUGUUUAAGAGGUAAAUUUGAAGCGGCUAGUAAGAUUUUUAAGACAAUGAAAGAUAAAAAUCUUAAACCGGAUUGUUAUACGUAUAAUUCUUUUAUUUCUAGGUUGUGUAAAGAAAGAAGGAUUGAAGAGGCAUCUGGUGUACUUUGUAAACUGUUGGAAUCUGGAUUGGUUCCUAAUGCUGUAACAUACAAUGCGUUGAUUGAUGGGUGUUGCAAUAAAGGGGAUUUAGAUAAGGCUUUUGCUUACCGGGAUGAGAUGAUGAAUAGAGGCAUUGUGGCUUCUGUUUUCACUUAUAAUUUGUUAAUUCAUGCACUGUUUUUGGAGAAGAGGAUAGAGGAAGCUGAAGAUAUGAUAAAAGAAAUGAGAGAAAAAGGGGUGGAGCCUGAUGUUGUUACGUAUAACAUACAGAUUAAUGGCUAUUGCAGAUGUGGGAAUGCAAAAAAAGCCCUCUCCCUUUUUGAUGAAAUGGUGGAGAAAAAUAUUAGACCAACAGUGGAAACAUAUACAUCGCUUAUUGAUGUUUUUGGGAAAAGAAAUAGGAUGAGCGAGGCAGAAGAGAAGUUUAAAAAGAGUAUAAAAGAAGGUAUGCUUCCAGAUAUCAUAAUGUUUAAUGCAUUGAUCGAUGGUCAUUGUGUAAAUGGUAACAUUGAUCGUGCAUUUCAACUUUUGAAAGAGAUGGAUAAUGCUAAGGUUGUUCCCGAUGAAGUCACUUUCAAUACCUUGAUGCAAGGGUACUGCAGGGAGAGGAAAGUGGAAGAAGCUAAAAAACUUCUUGAUGAGAUGAAGGAAAGGGGGAUCAAACCGGAUCAUAUUAGUUACAAUACACUCAUUAGUGGUUACAGUAAAAGAGGUGACAUGAAGGAUGCUUUAGAAGUUUUUGAUGAAAUGUUGUCUCUAGGAUUUGAUCCUACCCUUCUUACUUACAAUGCUCUUAUUCAAGGCUAUAGCAAAAUCGGUGAAGCUGACCAUGCUGAAGAGCUCCUCAGAGAAAUGCAGAGCAAAGGCAUUACUCCAGAUGACAGCACGUACCUAUAUGUAAUUGAGGCAAUGAAGACAAAUGAUGAUCUAGUGGAAAAUGAUGAUAAGUGAAUUUGUGCUUAUUUUCAUUUACUUGGAAAUUGAAUGUACAAAGGGCUGUGCUGGAAGAAAGUAAUUUAUUCAAGGACUUGUGUGGAAACUUCUUUAUGUGGAGUUGGGACACAUUGUAUCGGCACUCUUGAUUUAGGAUUUUACAAGCUGCAUCAUUGAGCAAAGCGCAAAUGUGUGCCUGAUUAUGAAGAUCAAGUGAAUGGAGUUUAUUGGACAAGUAUAAUUUACUUGACUCAUUUUCUUUUAUUCUAUUAUAAUUUUUAUUUAUUUCAAAAAAUUACAUGCUUCCCUUUAACACUAGAAAAUAAUAGAAUGAUUAUGUUUUUCCUUUUCUUUUAGUACAUAUAAUGACACAGGAAGAUUGUUGUGUUUUAUAGGUGCAUUUCCUUAAAUAAUGUCAAAUGUUUUCUUUCCUGUUUUCA